CCGCCGGCCGGAGGCGCCCAAAUCGCACCAUUUUUGUACAAGUCCUUUGACGUGUGUACGUACCAUCGUAGCGUACCAUUGCAGCUCCGCCCGCCCCCGACCCCGCCUGCAGCCUGUGCAGGAGAGGCCUCCCCUCCCUCCCUCCCUCCCUCUGUGACUGAGUGAUGCGGCGUGCCCUAGUUUGGCUGGCUUUGGGCCUGCUUCACAGCGCUGCAGCGCAGCGGCCGCCUGAUCCACCACCCAAUCAGGCGUCUUGCGGCACAGUGGAGGAGGGCUCCCUGCUGCUAGGCACGAGUCUUCGAGUGGCCAAGGGCAAAGAUGCCCCGGACCUCGCCGCCUGCCGAGCCGCGUGUGCGGCGGAGCCCCAGUGUUACGGCUUCACCUUCAUCGAGACACCCGCCAAGCAGGACACCCAGUGCCAGCUCAAACGCGCCGGCGCACGGCGGUCGGCAUACUCUGGGGAGGGCACCACGGUGGCCUCGGAGAUCCCCUGCAGGGCGGCUGACACAGCAGCCGACGCAACCACCACCACCAGCAGCAGCGAGGCCAGUGCCGAGAAGGUUGUGGUAUCGCAGGGUGCGGCGGAUCCCGAGUGCUACUGGUCUGAGAAGUACAUCAAGGGGUCUGCCGUGUGGCCGCACGAGCGGUCUGGUGCCGGCAUAGCGUCGCCCCGCCACUGCCAGCUCAAGUGCCAGGCGCACCUCGAGUGCCACAGCUGGACGCUGCACUACGAGGAGGGCUGCCUGAUGUGGGAGGAGGACAUCGAUGUCGACACUGACCAAGACAGAGUCAUCAACAAAAUCUACUCCAUCUCGGGACCCAAGUACUGCAACGACACCGGUGAGGGGGGGGGAGCGACCACAGCACCACUGCUUACUCGCUUGUUUGUGUGUCGCGUUAACUUCAGCUGGCGUGAUAGGUGGCUGCUUGGAGGAGUCGUGUGAGUAUCCGGACAACUCGACCACUGUCAUCGAGUACACCAACAUCGCCACCCCCUGGCGGUGCCAGUUCACCUGCAUGCUCACCGACAACUGCACCGGCUUCUCGUUCGACUACGAGGAGACCUCCUGUGCCCUCAAGAAGGAGCUGCUGGAGGCCGAGAAGGUGCUGGGAGGGGACGUGCCGCGCCACAAGGUGUGUGGCCCCAAGACGUGCGACAUGUGGCCCGCCAGUAUGAAGAACAGCAUCUAUCAGUCCACACCCAUGGAGGACUACAUCGACGGCCUUCUGGCCAAAAUGACCACCGAGCAGAAGAUCGGACAAAUGGUCCUCACACCAGACGCCUUCUACAGCCCCGAAGCACAGCUCGAAGCAUACCAGGUACGGACGGACAGACAGACACAACUAGGUGUGGGGUGAUUGAACGUGUUGUGUGUGCCUCUGCUGCUGGUUGAUGUAUCCAUCCAGGUGAAUGUGUUGUGGGGUCCAGGGUACAAGUUGGACGAUCCCAUCACAGAUCUGCAGAAGCACUUUGACGCCAUCUACUACCUCUCGGCCAGCGAUGCGGAGGGCACCCGGCCGGCCAUUCCGUCCAUUGUGGCCGUGGAUGCGGUGCACGGAGCCGCCAUGGCCAAGGGCAGCACCAUGUUCCCCCACAACAUCGGACUCGGGUGCGCCAACGACACGGCACUCAUGAAGCGCAUCGGCCUCAUCACGGCCAUCGAGCUGACGGCCGUGGGCGCCGACUGGACCCUCGCACCCAUGACGGCAGUGACGAUGGACGUCCGGUGGGGCCGCACAUUCGAGAGCUUCUCCAUGGAUGGCUUCACGGUGUCGCGGCUGGCGGAGGCCUUCCUGUUGGGUCUGCAGGGCGACCCCACGGACGAGGAGGACUUCCUCAGGGGCCGUCACGUGCCGGGCAUGUGCAAGCACUUCUUGGCGGACGGUGCCCCCAUGGGUGGGUUCACUGACGGCGAUGCCGACAUCGACGAGGAGGAGCUCAUCCGCGUCCACGCCGAGCCCUUCAAGGGCUGCAUGCGGGCCGGCAUGGUCACCACCAUGCCCUCGUUCAACGACGUCAACGGCUGGGAGAUGCACCAGAACGGCUACCUCCUCAACGACGUCCUCAAGGGGAAGCUGGGCUUCGACGGCGUGGUGCUGUCCGACUGGAACGCCCACCAGCAGAUCAACGGGUGCGUUUGGGAUGCUGACGACUGCCCCAUCGCCGUCAAUGCGGGAGUGGACAUGUUCCUCAUCGCUGUGGGCGGCGGAUCGCACUGGACCAGCUUCGUCGAGAAGACCCUGGCACGCGUCACCAAGACCAAGGACAUCACCGAGGACCGCAUCAACGACGCUGCCAAGCGAAUUUUGAGGAUGAAGGCACGCAUGGGGCUCAUCGGCCCCUCACCCACCAGGGUCAACCCGGCGGCCCGUCCUGGUGCGGCUGAGAUCCUGGAGGUCAUGGGCAACCCGCGGCACCUGGCCAUCGCACAGGACGCAGUGAGGAAGUCGGCGGUGCUUCUCAAGAACAACCCCACCAACAGGACACAGGAGAGGGCGCUGCCGCUCAAGGGCGACAUGAAGGUCCUCCUGGCGGGCAAGGGCGAGGAGAAGUACCUCCAGCUCGGGGCCUGGUCACUCGACUGGCAGGGACAAGGUAGGUACAUACAUUUGUGGGUAUGCUAUGCUGGCGCCAACGUCUCUGUCGACCUGUGCGUGUGUGUGUGUUUGUGUGUGUGAUCAGAGGACGAUGAGCUUCUGGAGUACGCGUCAUCAUUGAAGGAUGCUUUGACCGAGCACUUGACGGCGGGCGGGGGCAGCCUGACGUUUGAUGCGGACGGGGAGGAGGCCAAUGAUGAUGACUUCGACGCCAUCAUACUUGUCAUGGCCGAACACCCAUACGCCGAGGUCGAGGGCGACCUCAUGGACCUCUCGCUCAUGCACAAAAGAGCCACGUGAGGAAACCACACACACAGACAGAGACAGAGACAGACAGACACAUUGACCUGGAUUGACCUGACCACUGGUGCCGUGUGUCUUGAUUCAUUUCUGUGUCUGUCUGUCCUUCUGUGAUCAGUGGUCGCACCAACAACUUCGGGAAGGAGCUGCUGUACAAGGAGGACUGGGAUCGGCUGGUGACAUUGCGGUCCAAGGCGCCCACCACCCCCGUCAUCAUCAUCCUCUACACCGGCCGGCCACUCUACGUCAACGCCGAGCUCAACAUGGCCGAUGCAUUCAUAUCGGCCUGGCUGCCCGGCACCAUGGCGGGGGAGGGGCUCGUGGACCUCAUCUUCAGGAGGGACGUGGCCACCCCCACACUGACAGUGGUGGAUGGGGAGGAGGCCAAGGAGACGGGUGGCACACCCGCACCUGCCGACUUCACUGCCAAGCUGUCCUUCAACUGGCCGGCCCACCCAUGCCAGUCACAGGGAGCCGUGGGCGACGGGCAGAUCCCCCUGUUUCCGUUUGGCCAUGGCCUGAGCUACGCUGCGAUGGACAAGGACAGCAACGGCACCAGCACAGUGGUGGGCGUGUUGGACGAGGUGGAUCUGGACCUCUGCAAGAGGACAGAGUGCUGGGACCUCGACUGCAACCUCGGACAAUACGUCGGCACGAACAACCAGCCGUAAGAAAGACAUAUAUGCCACACGCGCACACAAAAGGCGCAAGUGCGACGUCUCUAAUGUGUGUGUGUAUGUGUGUGCGUUGGUUCAGAGUGUGGCUCCCGCAGACCAACGACUGAUGCAGUGCAGUGAUGCAUUGGUGUGUGUGGUUUGCGUGCGUGUGUGCGUACGGGGGUGUCGUGACGACGAAAGCAGUGCCACCUAGCUGCAUCAUCCUCCCUCUGUCUGCCGCUCGGGCUGGUCUGUGCUUAAGCCAUAUAUCUAGUGCGUGUGUGGGGGGGCUGCCUGUGCACACAAUGAAUGGAUGGAGGAGUGCCUAUAGAGUCCGAUCAGCCGACAAGGGCUAUUUUGAUUUGUGGCUCAUAUCUGCCUGCCUGCCUGCUUUUAUGGCAGUGGGGUGGCGUGUGUGUGUUGUGUGUGUGUGUGUGUCUAUGCUGUGCUGUGCUGUGGUGCGUACACGAGUUACUGUUUGUAUUGUUGUCACUAGUUGAUAUAGGGUUGUCUGUCCGUCUGUCGUAUGGAUUUUGUGUAUUUAAUCGAUGCAGACACACAUACACACUCACACGACGCAUAUAUAAUAGGGAAGGGCGUCAUCCUUCUAUAUAUACGUGACCUCAGGCCUGCAUGUGCACACGUAUGUGUGCAUGUGCAUAUAUAUUCAUACAAACAAUGGAAGGACACAUGAAUGGUGCACAUGAUUGGUGGGCCGGCCUGCACGGUCCGUCUCUUCUUGAUUGAUAUUUAUUUACUUAUUGCCAAUAGUCUUUGUCUGUCUGUAUGGAUGUACUGACUUAUUCAUCAUUCGUUCAUUACAAAGAGAAACACCAAAGUUUCCGUACUCGUGUUUUCUCGUGCCUAAAUGUGACUUCGUGGGUGUCAUGGGCGGACCAACGAAUGGAUGGAUGAAUGGGCCACUUAACUUAAUCCAUGUGCGUGUGUGCGUGUGGGUGUAUUGUAUUUAGUCUUAUGUAGGCGGGCGCCUGUCGUAUUGUGGGGUAGGUAGCUAUGAGGG